UUUCUACUGUUUUUCCUUUCUUCUUAGCACUCAAAUCUCCAUUUUAAUUUGCUCCUAAUUUGUGGGUUUUAUUACCCACCCUUUGGUUUUAUUGUAGACCAUAGUGUAUCAGAUUUCUGGGCCAAAAGGCCAGAUCUUUGAUGUUUUUAUUUAUUUAUUUUUUGUUUUUGUUUUUGUUUUUCCUCUCAAGAGAUCCAAAACAAAAGAAAAUACAAAAAAGUUGUCAUUCUUGCUGUUCCCUCUUAACUGUUAAAAUCUUGGUGCACCCAUUUGCUAGAUUAAUCCCAAAAUCUAGUAAUAAUAUCAUAUAGUAUAUACAUACACGUACACGUAUGUGUUUGAUGAGUGUCCUGAAUGAGUUCAGUACAAAUCAGGAAAUAAUUUACCACUGUGUUCCUUGUGUGGUGGCCUUAUAAUCUUUAUGGCCAAGGAGUGUGAGCAUUAUUUGACCUUUUCUUCUUGCUUUUUCUCUAGUUCCCAGCUAGCUCACUGACUGGCCAGAAAGGACCUAUACUUGAAAUUUUGGUCCCUGAAGCUUUUGCAUUUUGAACUCUGAUGGCAAGACCCAACUGGAUUUGUGUUAUCUCUGCUUCAUGUUUGGUUCAGAAAACCAAGAAAAGUCGUUAAAUUCAGGAACACUUUUCUAAGAAUCAAGAAAGAUCCAAGCUCCUGUUCAAAAAAAAAAAAAAAGAAAAGAAAGAAACUUGAUACCUCGGUCCUCCUGUUUCCAAAAAUGUGUCCUAUGGUUCUGAGAUCUGAUCAAGUGGUGGGAUUUCUUGCAUGAUUCUAUAUAUAUAUAUAUAUAGAGAGAGAGAGAGAGAGAGGUGAACACUAGAGUGGUACAGUAUGGCUUCUGGGGGGCACCAUAACCAGGAAGGAGUGCCAGAAGAUCUCAGAAACCAGCUUGCUGUUGCUGUUAGAACCAUUCAGUGGAGCUAUGCAAUCUUCUGGUCUAUUUCAUCAAGACAGCCAGGAGUAUUGGAAUGGGGUGAUGGGUAUUACAAUGGAGAUAUUAAGACCAGGAAAACAGUACAAGCAGUAGAAUUCAAUGCAGACCAACUGGGGUUGCAGAGGAGUGAACAACUGAGAGAACUUUAUGAGUCUCUCUCCACGGGCGAAAGCAGCCCACAAGCCAGAAGGCCUUCAGCUGCAUUAUCCCCGGAAGACCUCACCGAUACCGAGUGGUAUUACCUGGUUUGCAUGUCAUUUGUAUUCAAUAUUGGCCAAGGGUUGCCUGGAAGAACAUUAGCAAAUGGCCAACCCAUCUGGCUAUGUAAUGCUCAUUAUGCAGAUAGCAAAGUCUUCAGUCGUUCUCUGCUCGCAAAGAGCGCAUCUAUUCAGACUGUGGUAUGCUUCCCAUUUUUGGGAGGUGUCGUUGAGCUGGGUGUAACCGACCUGAUUCUUGAAGAUCCUGGUUUCAUUCAACACAUUAAAACUUCCUUCUUGGAGAUUCCAUACCCAAUUGUUUACGAAGCAUCAGACAAAGACCUUAUUCAUGCCACGCUUGAUCGGGACAUUCUUGAUGAUACCAAUUUUAAUCCAAUUGUUGGAUGUGAAGAACUAAAUGUUUGUUCUCCCAAUGACAGCUCAAACAAGUUUGGGCUUAACGAGGAAUCAUUUAUGGUUGAAGGCCUAAACGAUGAAGUUAGUAACUGUGUCCAUAAUUCCAUGAGUUCCAGUGACUGUAUAUCUCAAACUUUGGUUAGUCCCAAAACGGUCUGCCCUUUUCUCAAGGGACAGAAUGAAAAUGACGGUUUUCUCCUUGACCUACAAGAACAGAAUCAGAUGAAACCUGCUUCAACUGGCCUUCAAGACAAUGAUAUCCAUUAUCAAAGUGUUCUUUCAACUCUUCUCAAGACCUCCCACCAGUUGAUUUUGGGACCGAAUGUUCGAAACUGUAAUCAAGAAUCGAGCUUUGUAAGGUGGAAGAAAUGCAGUUUUGUGGGUAUUCAAAUGCCUCGAAUUGGAACUCCACAAAGAUUGUUAAAGAAAGUGCUAUUCGAAGUUGCUCAAAUGCACAGUGUUUUUUUGCUUGAUUCUAGGGAAAAUAAUGGAGAAAGAGAUGGACUAUGGAGACCGCAGGUUGAUGACAUUGAUUCAAACCAUGUGUUGUCAGAGAGAAGGAGAAGGGAAAAAAUAAACAAAAGAUUUUCGGUUCUUGGAUCAUUGGUCCCUUCAACUAGCAAGGUUAAUAAAGUGUCCAUACUUGACAAUACAAUUAAAUACCUAAAAGACCUCGAGAGAAGGGUUGAGGAGUUGGAUUCUUUCAAGGAGGUUGUAGAGCAAGAAGCCAGAACAAGAAGGAAACCCCAAGAUUCAGCAGAGAGGACAUCCGAUAACUACGCCAACAACAUUAAGAAACCAUUAAUAAACAAGAGGAAAGCUUGUGACAUUGGCGAAAUAGAGCCUGAGAUCAACCAAAUGGUGCUGAAAAAUAGUUCAAAUGAUAGUGUAACUGUCAGUAUGAUCGAAAAGGAUGUUUUGAUUGAGGUUAGAUGUCCAUGGAGAGAGUGCUUGCUUUUAGAAAUCAUGGAUGCAAUUAGUCAUCUUCAUUUAGAUUCUUACUCCAUUCAAUCAACUAACACUGAUGGGAUUCUCUCCUUGACUGCCAAAUCUAAGUUCAAGGGAUCCAAAGUCGCCUCAGCGAGAAUUAUAAGGCAAGCCCUUCAGAGAGUGGUUAGAAAGUGAUGAAGAUCGUCCUCACGUCGACAAUUAUGGGUUGUUUUGAGUUUUUCAAAUGUGCUGCAGAGCUUCAAUUAGUGUAAAACUGUGUAUUUUUCGUAAUAUUGCAUUAGGAUCUCUAACUGUCAACAAAAGUAGUGGUUUUUUCUUCCCAAGUAGAGCAGACCAAUAAACUGAAGUGUUAAUUAUGUAUUCUGAGUUUGUAACAUUCCCAGGAUAAUUAUUCUCCUCUUUACAUCAGAGAGAGCUUGACCACCGAAUAGUUCUUACCCGUAGUUGUAAGCAUCUGAAGUUUACUCUGCAGAGGUGGUUUCCUCAUCAGAAAAACAAAAACAAAAACACUGUUUAGGUUUUGUAUGGAGAUGAAAUUGGUGACAUGCCAUUGUCAUUUUUUUCUUUUGAA